AUGUCUAUGGUGUUUGACACUGUCUAUUCUGUAACCACUUUCUUUCUUUUCGAUGUUUUUAAUUUGUGCCAAGAGCUCACUGUUUUUCUUAUAAUCUGCUUUCUUUCUUUCUUUCUUUCUCUGCUCAACUUCUAUCUGUUAUUACACUUUUACAUAUGUCUUUUUUUCUUCCUUGUUUUUUCUGUGGUCAGCUUCUAUUAUUAUUCGUUUACACACUUCUUUCUUUCUUUCUUUUCCUUCUUUCUUUCUUUCUUUCUUUCUUCCUUCCUUCCUUUCUUUCUUUCUUUCUUUCUUAUGACACACUUCUUUCUUUCUUUCUUUUCCUUCUUCCUUGCUUUCUUUCUUCCUUCCUUUCUUUCUUUCCUUCCUUCCUUCCUUCCUUCCUUCCUUCCUUCCUUCCUUUCUUUCUUUCUUUCUUAUGACACCCUUCUUAAAACAUUCAUUUUCCUUCUGAUUUGUUAUCCUUUCUUUUAUUCUUCAUUUGCGUGUCAUUUUCUUUCUUACUUCGCUUUUCUUUCUUUCUUUCUUUUUUCUUUCUUUCUUUCUUUCUUGCAUGUAACCUUUAUUUUUCAUGUUCUGUUAUUCUUUCUUUUAUUUGAUUGUGCGUCAUUUCUUUCCUUCUUUAAUCAGCUUCUUUAUACAUUUCUUUCUUUCUUUCUUUCUUUCUUUCUUUCUUUUUUCUCUACCCACCCUGUAUCUGUUAUUACUUCUUCACACACUUUAUUCUUUUUCUUCCUUGUUUUCUUUUUUUUCUCAGCUACUAUAUGUUAUUACCCUUUAAGACACUUUCUAUCUUUCUUUCUUCCUAUCUUUCCCUUAAUUUCUCUUUCUUUCUUAUCUUCAAACUGCACGCAUUUAUCUUUCUUUCUUUCUUUCUUUCUUUCUUUCUUUCUUCUCAUCUUCCAAUUGCAUUCAUUUUCCUUUCUUUUAUCGUUCUUUCUUCUCAUCUUCCAUUUGCGUUCAUUUUUCUUCCUCUCUUGUUUGCUUUCUUUUUGUAUCCAUUUUUUUUUUCUUUCUUCUCAUAUUCCUAUUGCAUUUAUUUUCUUUUUUUCUUUCUUCUCAUCUUCAAAUUUCAUUCAUUUUUCUUUCUUUCUUCUCAUCUUCCAAUUGGAUUCAUCUGUUUCUUUCUUUCUUUCUUUCUUUCUUCUCAUCUUCCAAUUGGAUUCAACUGUCUUUCUUUCUUUCUUUCUUUCUUUUUUUUCUUCUCAUCUUUCAAUUGGAUUAAUCUUUCUUUCUUUCUUUCUUCUCAUCUUCCAGAUUGAUCCAUCUUUCUUUCUUUCUUUCUUUCUUCUCAUCUUCCAUUUUUAUCCAUAUUUCUUUCUUCUCAUCUUCCAAUUAAAUUCAUCCUUCUUUCUUUCUUUCUUUCUUCUCAUCUUCUAA